AUGUUUAUAAAACAAUAAAAAUAACCUGAUGGUAGCUUAAUUCUCUUUCCUCAAUUGGAACAUAAAUAUUCUUUGAUUUGGGUAAUAUAUAAAUUAAAAAUUAGAUGCAUGGAUUGGGGGAUUCAGCUAAUGGAUUCUUAAGCAUGUUUUAAAAAUAUUCAAUAGUCAAACCAGAAACUAAAAUACUUUUACUUUAAGCUCCUAAUCGACGUGUUACUAUUAAUAAUGGUCAUUUUAGUUCUAGUUGGUUUGAUAUAAAAGUACUUGAACCAGAUAUUGAAAAAAAUUAAGAAUUAGAUUAUUUUAAAACUGUAAAUAUAUUAUUCAUAAUUAGACUGUUUCUAUUGAGGAAAUUGAGUAAUCAAAAAUGAUGAUCAAUUAAUAUUUAAAUGAAGAAGUGGUUAAGGUAUAAGCAAAAAAUGUAUUCAUUGGAGGAUUUUCAUAAGGUUGUUGUAUGGCAUUAGAAGUGGGUUUGAGUUAUUCUUAAACACUUGGAGGUAUAAUUGGUUUAUCAGGAGAUCUAUUUCCUACAACAUAAUUAUAGUAAAUUUAAGAUAAAACUCCACUUUUGAUAAUUCAUGGAAAAGAUGAUUAAGUAGUUCCUUGUGAUUUUUUAUCACGAAGUCUUGAAAGAUUAAAAAUUCCUAAUCGAGUAAAUUAUGAACAUAUAAUACUAUAAAAUCUUGGACAUGAAGUUAAUUAAUAAGUUGUUUAGUUAAUGAUUCAAUUUUUAAAAAAAUAUUAGAUUUGA